AUUGAGUCGUAAAUCUAUGACUAUAUUUGAAAUAAACACAAAAAAUUGUUUGAAUCAAUUUGAUUGAUUUGAUUUGACGUAAUGUCAAAGUAUCACAAACCACAUGUCAUUAUCAUAACUUUGGUGUGUUUUCUGGUCAAUGAUGGUCUACGAGGACUGUUUGCUGCACACAAUACUCCGCCUAGAUUUAAGUCCGACGACUUGGAUGACUUGCAAUCAGAGAUUGUGGUCCGAGUUAAGGAAGGAGAGUCUUCUCUCAAUAAACAAAUAUAUCAUUUGUAUGGCGAAGACCCGGAUGGCGAUCAGUUAAGGUUCGGUGUGUUGGGUACCAUCGGAGCCGAUCUUUUACGCAUAGAACCGGUGCCACCAAAUGAGGCCAAAGUAUAUUUAAAGAAAGAGUUGGAUCGAGAGAUUCAAGACUCGUAUACAUUAGUGUUGACACUAACUGAUGGCAAACUUGGAAAAGGAAAUUAUAUAACAAAAUCAUUACUUUUGAUUGUGGAGGACAUCAACGACAAUCCUCCAGUCUUCAGAUCCUACCGAACAGCCGUCACACUAUCGGAGGCGUCUAAACCUGGCGUUGAGAUCGAAACAGUUGAAGCCUUUGACGCGGAUGAGGGACGGUUUGGUCAAGUUUUGUACGAUUUACUGGAUAACGACAAUCAGGACUCAUCACAGACAUCGACCACAUUCUCCAUUGAGACUGUCGAUGGAAAAGGUGUCAUAACUCUGGUUUCAACUCUGGAUUACGAAAAGAAAUCUAUAUAUCAAUUAAAAUUAUUAGCCAUAGAUCGGGCCGUUGAAGGCGAACGCCGAACAGCAACGGCUGCACUUGUAGUGCAAGUGGAGGACGCAGAAGACGAACCGCCAGUGUUUACAUUUGUGCCAUCAGUUACUAGAAUUGCCGAAGACUUAGCUAUCGGUUCUCCAGUGCUUACAGUAACCGCUGUCGACGGUGACAGAGGUGUUAAUAAUGCCAUAACUUAUCGUAUAAUCAAAGGCGAUCAAAAACUGUUUACAAUCAAUCAAAAUACGGGUGUCGUCUCAGUCGCUGGUCGUUUAGACCGCGAAAGUGCCAUAAAUAAUACGGGACAGACAGCUGGUGCUUAUAUACUCGAAAUAGAGGCCACCGAAGUGACAGUUGCUAUAUUUCCGCCGCCGACUGUUACCACUGAAGUUACUAUAAUCCUAAAGGAUGUUAACGAUGAGAUACCAAAGUUUAGGUCUGACCAAUAUGUGGCCGAAAUACCGGAGAAUGCGCCGAAUGAUAUGCCAAUUACUUUUGUUGGCGAUUCACCGCAAGUCUAUGACUUGGAUCAGGGAAACAACGGAUCAUUUGUUGUGAACAUACAAAUGGCUGACAACAAAGGUCUCGAAGAUGUGUUUUAUGUGACACCGACUCAGGGCUUCAAUGAGGCAUCAAUUAUGCUAAGAGUUAGGGAUUCAGUUCGUUUGGAUUACGAAAAGAUCAAACAAAUCCGUUUAAAUCUUAUCGCUACAGAAAAGACUGGGGUUUCAACUGUUGCUAAUAGUGCGAGAAGUAGUUCAGCUCAGGUGACUAUCAAUAUAAAGGAUGUCAACGAUAACAUCCCUCAGUUUGAUCAGGACUUAUACUAUGGAUCGGUGGCUGAAAAUGCUGUAAAAGGCACAUCUGUGGCCAAAAUUCAUGCCCGAGAUAUUGAUACCGGUUCUUAUGGCACAAUAGGUAUUCGCUAUACAGAUAUUAGAGGAGAAAUGGCUUCAGCUCUUCAUUUAGAUGCAAUCACAGGUGUAAUCACAGUUAAGUCGUCGGAUCAUAAGUUUGAUAGAGAACUAUCGGCACAACAUUUCCUUAUAGUUGAGGCCCGCGAUGCUAACGGAGCCGGCAAUCGAAAUACUGUCCAAUUAGUUCUUAACAUAACAGAUGUCAACGAUUGUCGUCCAAAGUUUACUCAAGACAAAUAUGAGGCAAGACUUUAUGAGAACAGUCAUGACUUCGACCAACCCAUACGUAUCAUUGCCUACGAUGAGGACGCCGUUGGCACCAAACACUCGGAAAUCAGAUAUAAAAUAUUACCGACAUUUGACUCAAAUAUUGUCAAUCAAUAUUCAAAUAACUUUACAAUUAAUGAAAUCACUGGUCAAUUGGGAGUCAGAGAACCCAUAGAUUUUGAGUCUAUACCCGGAUCUAAAAGCGAUUCACGAAAUAUAACGAUUACAGUUCGGGCCUACGAUUUGGGUGAUCCACAGCUUCACACAGAAAUUCAAGUUAUAAUCUAUGUCUUUGAUCGCAACGAUUUUUCACCAAUUUUUACCAAAAAUUUGUAUACAAAAUCAAUUCCUGAAGAUAUUCGCGACGGUUCAAUGGUAUUACAAGUUUCGGCUCUCGAUGGCGAUCAUUCACCGGCCAAUUCAAGAGUUUACUAUCGAAUAGUUUCCGGUGCUUUGGAUAAGUUUAUAAUCGAUGCAAACACUGGUGUCAUUUCAGUGGCCACCGGUGCCAACUUAGAUCCCGAUAGAACUCAUCCGAAACAACUUUGGUAUUUAAUACAUGUGAUGGCAUUGGACUCAAGCUUUGGUCCCGACCAAAAGUCUUCCACAGCUAAUGUUAACAUAACUAUAGUUGAUGUCAAUAAUAAAGCGCCAGAAUUUGGUGAAAAUCAAGUGGUUGUUGUGCCCGAAGACGUAACCAAUCAAUACUUAGUGACACGAGUUGUGGCAACCGAUUUGGAUGAUAAACCUGUGUUGCGAUACUCUCUUGAUUAUACCAGAAGUGAAGCCCGCAAUGAAUUUGGAGCUAUUGUUGACUAUAAUCUGUUUGUCGAUAGUUUUACUAUCAAUCCAUUGGAUGGAACCGUUAGAGUGGUUAAGAUUCUUAAUCGAGAACAAUGGGAUCAAAUCAAACUUUAUGUAGUCGUCGAAGAUAUAGCGGCCGUAACUAAAGGACAGAAAGAUAAAACAAUACUGACAAUACAAAUAUCAGAUGUUAACGAUAAUAGACCACAAUUUAUUCACCAUUUAUAUCGGGGUAUAAUAACUGAGAAUGCGGUCGCCGGCACUCCCAUUAUGACUGUCAAUGCAGACGACGCCGACACCAAUAAAAGUGUUAUUUAUUCACUUGAAGGCCGACAAGAGUUAUUACAAUUGAUAAAAAUUAAUCACAAAACCGGUGAAGUGGCUGUUUCUGAACGAAUUGAUCGCGAAAAGUAUUCGUGGAUUAAUGUCACCGUUAGAGCCACAGAUACGGGUCAACCGCCACUCACGGGAUUAGCUUUAUUGUCCAUUCAAGUGCUCGACGAGAACGAUAACAAUCCGGUGUUUGUCGGAGAACAGCGUCAAUCGUAUAUCAUUCCAGAGGACGCACCCAUCGGCUCAUUGGUAGCGCAGGUCAGCGCUCGCGAUGACGACUCCGGAGUUUUUGGUAAAAUUACUUAUUUACUGGACUCGAGCUCAACAUUUGGCAAAUUCAAAAUCGAUAGAGAAACGGGGGCAAUAGUUGUGUCGGGUGUCCUUAAUCGGGAAGAGAUGUCUCAAUACAAGCUUUUAGUACAAGCAGUCGAUAACUAUGAGUACGGCUUUUUAACGGGUGAGAGCCGAAAGGCUUUUCAUACAAUUACCGUAACAGUUACCGAUGUUAACGAUGAAACUCCAAUAAUUAUACCGCAAUCGGGUGACUGUGUUAUUAUCAAUGAGUUUCAUCCAAUCAAGGAUUUGAUUACUUAUGUAACGGCUAAUGAUGCUGACGAUGCAAAUACACCCAACGGAAAGGUUAUAUUUGCCAUAAUUGAUGGCAAUGAGGAUCGACUCUUUGAUUUUGAACAAUCGCCACCAAAUACUGCGAAACUUAUUAAUCGUUUCUCACUGCGAGGUCGAGUCGCUAAUUACACGCUUACCGUUAAGGCCUCAGAUGGUGGACAACCACAGCGAUCGUCGACAGAAAAAGUCCGCAUUUGUGUUACCGAUGUUAAUGACCACAACCCGGUAUUUGUGAAACCACCCUCUAAUAUGACUAUCAGAGUAGCUGAGAAUGCGACCAUUGGGUCCACUGUUGUCGAAGUUUUGGCCACCGAUGAAGAUUCAGAUAUGAAUUCUGUGGUUCGCUAUAAAUUGAGACAAUUACCAAAUAAUCACUGGAAGUCAUUCGCUAUUAAUGAGGUGACGGGUGUUAUUACUGUUGUUAAACAGUUGGAUAGAGAAGCACAAAGGAUUCACGAAAUAAGAGUGCAGUCAUACGACAUGGGAGAGCCCACAUCACUGUCCAGUGAUUUGGAUUUAACUAUUAUAGUGACAAAUGUCGAUGACUUUGAGCCUGAAUUCACUCAAGACGUGUUUCAAGUAGUUUUCACUGAAAAUACUCUUCCGGAAGUGGAAAAAUAUAAACUUUUGCCGACAAUAGAUAAGGAUGAUUAUGAUAUCAUUGAUCCUGCGGUCGGUUUUAAGACAAUUCCUUGUUAUUACAUCGUUGGUGGCGAUGGCGGCGAUAAGUUCCGGUUAAAUACAUUUACUCACGACUUGACGACAACCCAAUCACUAAAUCGCGAACAGAAAGACAAUUACACUCUUAUAGUUCAGGCGACUAAUGACUGCUUCAAAGUGCCUCCAAAUGUAACCAAAUUUGAUCAAAAAGACAAUUCAUUACUUCAAGUGUUAAUCGGAGUGCGAGAUGUAAACGACAACUCACCAAAAAUGACAAAAAAGGUGUUUACCGGAGGUUUUACUACUGAAGUUGAUUUCGGAACCGUUUUGAUGGAAAUCAAGGCCAUUGAUGCAGAUAUAGGCGCUAACUCUGUAGUCAAUUAUUAUAUCAUAUCUGAAGUGAGAGAAACAUUAACUGAAGGUUUAGAUACAUUAAGUGCCGAACCUUUUAUUAUAAACCGAAUGACUGGUGAAAUCAGUCUUAACUUUGAUCCACAAAAGGAUAUGAAGGGAUACUUUGAGUUCGAUGUGUUGGCCAACGAUACGGAUGGACUGGCGGACAGCGCACGUGUUUUUAUCUAUUUAUUACGAGACGAUCAAAGAGUCCGAUUUAUACUUCGACUGACACCUCAAGAGCUCAGAGAAAAAUUAGAGAAAUUUCGAGAUGUUUUGGCUAACAUUACCGGUGCGACCGUUAAUAUUGAUAGCUAUAAGAUUCAUGAGAAUAGAGACGGUUCUGUGGAUCAGAAAAAAACUGAUUUAUACUUGCAUUUUGUCAAUCGUGAAGACAAUAGUAUACUUGAUGUCGACGAUGUCUUGUCUUUGAUCGACAAAAAUAUUGAAUAUUUGGAUGAAUUAUAUAAAGAGUUUAAUGUUUUAGUAACUGAACCGACACAAAGUCUUGAAUAUUUUCUUGAAUGGGAAGACCAGCUAAAGGCCUGUUUAUUGGGAACGACAGCAUUCUUGUCUCUAUUACUGGUUCUUGUGAUUUGUUUGUGUUUUAAUCAAAAGUCAAAAUACGAAAGAAAGUUGAAAGCGGCUACUGUUCCCGUUUUUGGCACAGAGAGUCAACUUACCCGAUGUAAUGUUCCCAAUACUAACCAACACGCGAGUGAAGGAUCUAAUCCUAUGUGGAUGACUGGGUAUGACAACCAUUGGUACGAUAAAGACGAGGAACAGAUCAGUAAUCAUAGUAACCACUCGAGUGGUAAUUCAUUGGAUGAAAAUGCAGUGUCGGGUCAUUCGCCAAAUGAUUCACUGGACGGAAGUCACGGACACGACUCGGGCGGUUCCACGUCGACCACCACUAAUGAUAGACAAGCUCUGUGUCGGGGGUUAGCUGUGGGACGAGUGACCCCACAAAAUAUAACUUUACCACAAAGUAGUAUUAAUCACAUCACUAUUAGUCACAAUACUAAUAAUACUAAUAACAAAAAUAAUAUAAAUAAUAUAAACUCAAAGAAAUUAGCGCCAAAACCGCCACAAAAGCCAACCAACACAGCCGUCGGCGGCAAUAAACAUGUGAUUAAAGGUGACAGUAAUCACAACAGACAACAAUCACAGCCCCGGUUGAUAGCAUCCGGUGUUAAUUGUAGGCCAAACAGUACUACCAAUCAUAAGAGUAUUAGUAAUGUGUAUAUUGAGUCCUAUUCAUCAUCUAAUCAUAAUAACAAUACUAAAACAUUUGUUAAUAAUAAUACACAACAACUUAGUCCUAAUUAUAAUCACAAUAAUAAUAAUAAC